UUGCAGGCGGGAGAAGGGGUUAUUCUUGACAGGAUUUUAACAUUGGAGCGCAUACACAGUCAGUUGUCGUUGCUGUCUCUGGUUAUGGACAGCCUGUUCAAUCCUCAAAAUGAGAAAGGUACAAGAAAAUCAAGGGAAGACUCGGACACUUGGAGAAUAUUUCUCCCCAAGGAGUAAAGUGAAGGACCUCGCACUCCAGGAGCGCUCGCUACCUCAUUUCUCAUCUUUUAAUCAGGAGACUCCAAUGAAGCCCUCUCAAGUCCCUAACCGGCUUUCUCUCCCACCACCAAGGAGAGUGUUGCCACUUCAAAGCCCUGAGCUGUGCCACAGGGACAGAUUGGGUCCACCACGGCAACCUCCUCAUGCCAUGGGACCAGUCCGUUCGAUAGAGUUUAAUGUAGGCAGCCCAACUAAUGUUGGAAUCCCAACACAUAGGCCUCAUCACACACCAAGGGACAGACUGGGUCCCUCACAGCACUCUGCUCAACACUCAGACUCUUUCUGCUCAUCACAACUUGUCCCAGGAAGCCAAUCUUACAUUGAUACUUCAGUGAAAAGGCUGCAGCCCUCGCCUGCCAGUAUCAGUCACCAUGCUUCCCCACAAUUCAUGAAGGAUUUAAGCAACCGCACCCUGUCCUUCCACAUAAGGGGACAUCAAGUAACGGAACCCAUGGUCACUUUGUCUUAUUCAGGAAGUAAAGAUGUAACAGCAAAAAGUCAAGAAUCACACAAGGCUCAAUCCAGCAAUGUGAGGAGUCUCAUACCUACCAUCCAGCUGCACAGGCCCCCUGUGACCCCAUCACUCAACACCAGUGCAGCUCAAGAAGUUUCCCCACGGCCCCUCUCAGACUUGGAGUGCUUGAGUCCUGGUAACAGCCACUGCUCCAGACGAGGCUACCAGCCUUCUCUGAGUAACAUGUCCUCGGACAGAAGUAGUGCUUCCAGUUUACACAUGCACAACCCUGUAGCACCUUACCAGGACCAGCAACUUAAACAGACACCUUCAAGUGAAAAGUCAAUUCCAGUGGACUUGAAUUGCUCAUCACAGAAGAGGUGCAGGGAGUUUGAGGUCUCUGAUGACAAUGCCAAGAAAAUGUGUCUUCAGGGUACAAACUCUGGCAAAGCACAGACACCAAAACCCACUGUUUGCAGCUCAGUCAGCACUUCACUAGUGUCGUCAUCAAGCCAGCCUUCAGUCUUGGAACUGCCACCUGAAACCACUGAUAGCCAUCUGUGCUUGGAGCCGGCAUGUGGCCAGUCAACGUGCUUGGAACUGUCGUCCACAUUUAAACCUGCCCAGUCAUCCUGUGCAUCACUGUCACCAAAACCUUGCAUAAAGAGACGACCAUCAGUGGGGGCAAAGCAGGCAUAUAUUAAUUCCACUCAUAAUCAUAUUGUGAAGAUAAAAGAGUUCAAAUCACCUUCAAAGACUGUUGAAGAAAGUGUGAAGAAAAUAAGUGAGGACAAUGAUAAAAGGAGUAAAUCAAGCACUUUAUCCACUGAUGUUCCCCAGAGGGACACUAGUAGCUUACCUCAUGGUCAGCUGGGCAGCCACCACUGUGGUCAUACUCACCCUAGUACCUCUGUCUUACCAGCCAAGACCCUGAGCAGAGGUAAUCAGGUGGAGGAGAGCAGAAAGACGGACAGCAGCACUCCCAAAUCAGCCUUAAAACCAAAUUCAGGUCCUCUGAGCUGUCGUAAGGCCGAACGGAGUAAAACUGCCCGCCCAAGAAGACCUGUAGUAAUCCCUGAUGAUACAGAUGAGCUCUUCACCCCUGAUCCCAUGACUUAUGUAGUCAGUCCUGCUCAUAAGACUACAAAGUCAAAGACAGAUGGGGGAACGAUUAAAUCGUCCACCUCAGAGAAAAGUUGUUCACCUAGCACUGCGUCCAGCUCCAGUACUCCAGUUACUGGAUCCUCAUGUCAGAAAACUCCAAACUCCAAAGUAACUGGUUCUCCUUAUGCAGUGGACACUGAAAUUUCUUCCUCAACAGGUAUCCCACAAAUCCCCAUGCUAACUGUAACUUUAGAGCGAGUAAACCUUGAAAAUGUAAAGCCCCCUUACUCUAAAGACAGGGAACUCAAAAACAGUCCCAUCACUUCCUCAGGUCGGCAGCUUAAGGAAGAGAGUGUUAAAUCUGAUGAUAAACACGCAUCUCGCCUUCCUAACAAAGUGACUCUAGAGACCAACACAGCUGCCUCUCAACAAACUUCUACAUCCCAUUGUUCUCAGUCUCCAUCACUGGGGAGACAGGCCAGUGAAGUGAGUAGAAAGCAGGUGAAUGAAGAGGAUCCCAUAGAUGUGGAACUUGAUCUUGGCCUGAGCUUUGCAUUAGAUUUUGAUCUAACCCAGAGCUCACAUAGCAGUGAGGAGGAGCAGCUGCUUUCCUUGCAGGAGAUGAUGGAGCAUGUUACUAAGCCUCCAGAUACACCGGAGAAAGGAGCCUUCUCAGAGCCUAGUACACCUGGACAUUGCAGCAGCCAGUUAAAAACUCAGCCAUUGCCACCCACCACAAAGCCAGGCCUUUAUAAGAACAACCUUGAUCAGAUGCUGAAGGAAAUAAACACCAAUAAAAAAGCUAAAGAGAUUGAGACACAGCUUCUAACGGCAUGUAAAGAGGACCUGUUAAGGAUAGCUGAAUAUGAGGAGGCUGAGGAGAACCAGGAGGAGGGCAUCUCCACUGAACAACAGGAAUUCCUGCAGCGCUACUCACUGAUGUCCAAUGCAAUCAGGGAAGUGCCUCCAGGAGAAGUCGUGUUCAACUUGGAGAAAUGUGGCCAGAUCUUCAACCAGGAUACACUGCAGCUCAGACAAUGCAUGGUCAACCCACAGGGGACAGCACAGAAAACACUUCUUUGGUCCAGUCCUGCUCAACUGAGAUUACAUGUAAAUAUUGGAUUGUUCCAGGAAGCUUACGACUGUCGCUCACCCUGUCCAACUCAGGUUACCCGUUUCCUUUUCAAGAUGAUGUCAGUCCAUAGUGAGAGGAUGGUAUCCGAAAAGAUACUACAGGCCCUCUGUGACAUCGCCUGCACUGCUGCUUAUCAGAUAGUGAAAAAUGGAAGCCAGCAGUUUAAAGUUUGGGUUCCCAGUUUGGCUGAUGUGACACUGGUCCUGAUGAAUAUGGGAGUUGCGUUUGUUACUCUCUUCCCUUUUGAGAAUCUGCAGCCUCCGUUCACAGAAGGAGAUUUGUUGGAGGACAUAUAUAUCAAAAGUGAUAGUCCCUCAAAUAACAAGGAACAGAGCGCAUUCCCUGAACACAACUGCAACAACAUCUUGAAGUACCUGUCUUACUGUAUGGGUCUGUGUCCACGGGCGUACAGUGACGACGAGCUGCUGUUGCUGUUAGCUGUGGUGGGAAGGGUGGCCCUGGACACACGGCUCAUCCUCGAGUCCAGUGUGGAACUGUAUCCGCUACAGUAUAAGAUUGUCAACAACAUCAGGGACUGGGACACUAUGCUGCCCAGAAUCUGUCUGGCCCUUACUGAUCUGACAGAUGACCACCACAACAUGUGCCUUGUAGUUCAACUGCUGCCUGACAACACACGUGGAAAGCAGCUGCGCCGACACUUGAGCCUGUCCAUGAUCUCUAAGCUGUUAGAUGGAAAUUGCACUUACAGACCUGCAGAAAAAGAGUUUCAGCUCUCCUUGCUGAGGCCAUACCUGCCCUGUAUGCAACCCUCCACCCUUCUCCGAAGCAUGCUGAGGAAUCAGAAAGAUAAAGAAGAGGACAUGGCCAUCCUAGACCAACAGUCCUACUACCUCUGCUAUAGUCUCCUGACCUUGGCAAAUGAAGCUUCCAAUUUUCAGUUCUUCCCAGCACAUCAGAAGAAGCAACUACUUUCUCUGUGCUAUGAGCUGGAAACGCAUGUCAAGUGUGACAUCAGAGAGAGCGAGAAAUGUCUUUACCGGAGCAAGGUAAAAGAUCUAGUGGCCAGGAUCUACACCAAGUGGCAGAUGCUGCUUCAGAGGACCAGGCCUCUCCAUGGCAAGCUAUAUGAUUAUUGGCAACCUCCAUCAGUGGAUACAUUGAUCAGUAACCAAGAAGAGGAGCAUAUGGAUAACAGUGAUGAUGGAGAGGGCACUAUGAUGACAGAAAAUCUUGUGAUGGAGGUGGAUGAACAAGAGGAGGAAAACAAUGAAGCUGAAGAGAAUGAGGCUACAAUGACUGUUGCUGAUAAAGAGGAGGAGAAAAAAGAGGAGGCAGAAGAGCAGGACAUUAAACUGGAUGAAAAGCAACAAGAAACGGAAGGAAAUGAUCCAGUGGAUGAGAAAAAUAAAACAGAGGCAAUAGAACCAUUAAUUUAGAGUAACUAUUAUUUAGUGUCGGAGUCUGGGGUAUGUUCUGAAUCAUUACUCUCUUUAGUUACAGUCAAACUAAUUGUUGUGCAGAGUUUAUUUCAGUAUGCAAUACUUGGUUGUGAAAAAGUCUUAUUAAGUUAACUUUGUCAAUUAUUCCCAGACACAUUUUCUUGUUUGCUGAUUUGUUGUUAAAAUUUUACUGUUUUGUGGAGUGUGCAUGUUGUUUAUUUUUUUAA